GUGGUUUUAACCGAUCAGUCUGAGUUAGAUUAGAUAUCAGCAGGAAGAAGAAACAAAGAAAGCCCCAGUUUACUGUCGGAUGCAUAGAGAAAUGGUGUCUACAAGGGAGGUGUUUUGUCUGUUGUUGGUCGCGAUUAUGUGGGGAGGCACAAACCCAUUCCUGAAAAAAGGCACAGAGGGCAUUGAAGGGGUUCAGAAGGACAAUACAUUCCUCCAAUUUCUGGCUGAGAUCAAAUUUCUGUUUCUCAAUAUCAAGUAUUUAUUCCCAUUCCUGUUGAACCAAAGUGGAUCAUUUGUGUUCUACUUCACUCUUGCUUCUACAGAUUUGUCUCUGGCUGUUCCCAUGGUGAACUCCCUCACAUUUCUGUUCACGUUACUAAUGGGUAAAUUGCUUGGAGAAGAAGUUGAAGGAAAGAGAGCUGUGCUGGGUAUGUUGCUCAUCAUGUCUGGAGUGACAGCGUGCGUGCUGAGUUCUGUCUCUGAGACGGACAGCGCAGGAGCCCGCAACACAGGUAACCACUACAUUCCACUGGACUAGGAGGUGGAGGAGGACUGUAGAUCUGCUCCAGCCAUGUGAUCACACCUCACACACACACACACAUUCAUCUGACACAAUGUAUGUGCUGAUCCAUUUUCAGUAUGUGCUGCUUUAUAUCUGUACUUGAACCAUGCUGGUU